GAAAAAAAAAAACCCUACAAAAUGAGUUCUUCAUACAUCAAAUCACCUUUUCUUUUAUUGAUCAUAUUGUUUAUAAAUAUUUUACAUUUAAAAAGUGUUAAUUCAUUCCAAGUUCAAGUUGUGAAUAACAUUGAUCCUACUAAAUUUCCCUUUAAUAGUAUUAAAAUUCAUUGUGCUUCUAAAGAUAAUGAUAUGGGAUUUCAUGACCUUAGUCCAAAUAACAAAUUUGAAUGGUCAUUCAAAGAGAAAUAUUUUGCCAACACAAUGUUUUUUUGUCAUUUUUGGUGGGGUUUAAAAGAAAGAGCUUUUGAAGUAUUCAAUAACUUCCAAGGAUGUAUUAGAGAUUCACCGCUUAGUACUCGGACUCUUUUAUGUAAAUGGACAGUGACAGAUCAAGGGUUUUUUCUGGAAGAUGCUAGCGGAAAGAAAUAUAAUCCUUACAAAUGGGAACCACUUCAUUAAUUUAUAAAGUGGUUAGUUAUUCGUUCCGAUCCCUAACUUGUUUGGGACUAUGAUUUUAUUUUUUUUUUGAGUUUUGAAUAAAUGCAUUAUUUUACUCUCCUAGAAACCAUCAAUAUCAAUCAAUCAAUCAAUUACGCUUUAAUUAUAAUCUAAUCGGGGUUAUCUAUAUAAGUCUUUCAUAUUCAACAACAACAAUAUAUUUAAUAUAAUCCCAUAAAAUUAUGAGGUCUAGACCAGAGAGGCACUAGGCGGCUAGAAUAUAUGCAAACUUUUUUCCUACUCUGUUUUCAAUAAACCCUCGACUCGAUAAAAAAUAGUCCAAAACAAAAAGGUACGAACAGUGGAGUUGCUUUACUAUGGAAUAUAAUGGUGAAAGGUAAACAUAAGAAUAAAUAAAAGGGAGAACUAAAGAUGGAUUAGGUUCAAUAAAUAAGCUAAUCCUUGUUUAACAAAAUGUAACGAACUCACUCUUAACACAUUUUAUAACACAAAUUAAUCAUGUGUAUACAACUUUUUAUUGUUAACAUAAUGAAUAAUGACACAAAAAAAUGUUAGGUUUUGUUGGAAUAACUCCAACAAUUGCACCAUAACUCUAUAUCACAACAACUCCAUUAUUAUGUCCUAUUAUGAUUAUAUAUCUAUAUAAAGUUUCAAUCUUGACCAUAAUUUCAUAAUCAAUCAAACAAAUCAUAAAGAAGAAAAAGAAAACUUUAUUUUUCCCUAUAACCAAAAUCUCAAAAUGUUAUCACCAUAUUCCAUUUUCUUUGCAAUUUUCUUAGUAGCCAUAACCAAAUUGUCACCCCUUGUUGUUGCUAUUGACACUCAAGUUCCCGAAGGAUCGAUACUCGAGUUAUACAUGCAUGAUAUCCUGGGAGGAAAUAAUCCAACAGCUCGACCAAUUACCGGAUUAUUAGGGAAUAUAUAUAGUGGACAAGUUCCUUUUGCAAGGCCUUUAGGUUUUCAACCACCUACAGAUGGUGUAGCAAUUCCUAAUUCUAAUGGUGCAAUUCCAACAUUUAAUAUCAAUGGUGUUCCACUAGGAACUGGCUUAGCAGGCACAAUAUUUGCUGGAAAUCAGAAUGGCCAAGCUAGUGGUGUGACUACUCAAUUAGGCCCUGAUGGAUUGGGCCUCGGGUUUGGUACCAUCACAGUUAUCGAUGACUACUUGACAUUGUCCCCUGAGUUAGGCACACAAAACCUUGGAAAAGCACAAGGUGUAUAUGUAUCAAGUUCUGCAGAUGGAAGUACUCAAAUGAUGGCGUUUACCGCCAUGAUGGAAGGAGGCGAAUAUGGCGAUAGCCUCAAUUUUUUCGGAGUUUAUAGAAUUGGAAGCACAAUGUCAAGAAUAUCAGUUACAGGAGGAACUGGUAAAUUUAAAAAUGCUUGUGGUUUCGCGGAGAUUCGUUCACUUAUACCAACAGGGCAACAUGUUAUUGAUGGUGCUGAGACAUUGUUAAGGAUUACUGUUCAUCUUACUGAGGGACGACCACGAUGAGUACGCGUUUUUAUAUAGGAUCAAACGGCUUUUGUUCGAUCGAGGGGCUUAAACAAGAAUGGUGGAUUGUUAUAAAUUGUGUGAAAAAUGAAUUUGAUUUGUGUUUUAUUUUUUCUUAUAAUGUUUUAAUUUUGAAUUGAGUACAAACAUAUAUGAUAUAUCCUCUCAAUAAUUGCAUGUCCA